AUGGCCAGGAUCGGCGUUUCCUGCCCGUCGUGGCGCUCGGCGGGACCCUGCCCGUGCCCGGGGCCGCGGCAGCGCCCGGCGGCGCUGGGGCUGGCCCUCGCCGUGGGGCUGCUACUGCUGCUGGCGGCCGCCGCCCCCCGCCGCUGGGCUGCGCCGCCCCGCGCCGCCCGGCGCGACGAGAGGUACCUGGCACGGGUGGAGGACCUGACGGCCACCGAUACCGAGGACUCGGCCCUCAAUUACGGGGUGGUCGUCGACUGUGGGAGCAGCGGGUCCCGGGUCUUUGUCUACUUCUGGCCCCCGCACAACGGAAACCCCCACGACCUGCUGGACAUCAAGCAGAUGAGGGACCGGAGCAGCCGCCCGGUCGUCAAAAAAAUUAAACCAGGCAUCUCGGUGGCAGCGGCGGCAGCCCCGGAGCAAGCUACGCCCUACCUGCGCCCUCUGCUUCAGUUCGCGGCAGCCCACGUCCCAGCCCAGAAGCACAAGGAAACUCCGCUUUACAUCCUGUGCACGGCAGGCAUGCGGCUGCUGCCCGAGAGGCAGCAAGCUGCAAUCCUGGAGGAAUUGGUGAGAAACGUGCCCCUGGAGUUUGAUUUCCUCUUCUCCAAAUCACAUGCAGAAGUGAUCUCAGGCAAACAGGAAGGUGUCUACGCUUGGAUUGGCAUCAACUUUGUCCUGGGCCGGUUUGAUCAUGAGGAUGAGGAGGAUGCAGUGGUCACCGUAGCGCUGGGGGACCAGGGAGAGUCCCUGGUUCGGAAGCGAACAGUUGGGAUCCUAGACAUGGGGGGCGCCUCCCUGCAGAUCGCCUACGAAGUGCCUGACUCCGGAGCCUUCUCCUCCCCUCAGCAGGAGGAGGUUGCCAAGAGCCUGCUGGCAGAGUUCAACCUGGGCUGCGAUGUGCAGCACACUGGCCACGUGUACCGCGUCUAUGUCAACACCUUCCUGGGCUUUGGGGGCAAUUUUGCCCGGCAGCGCUAUGAGGAGCUUGUGCUGAACCAGACCUCUGUGCACAACCGCCUGCACAGCCAGCAGACAGGGCUGAGCCCCGAGACACCCUUCCUGGACCCUUGCUUGCCCCUGGGGCUGGAGGACACAGUGGCCAGGGGCGGCCAAACCCUGUAUGUGCGGGGGCGAGGAGACUGGCCGGCCUGUGUGAAGCUGCUGCAGCCCCUCCUGGCUGGGCCCAACAGCAGCCAGGCCUCCCUGGUGGGAGCCUACAAAGCACCCAUUGACUUCAGCAACAGCGAGUUUUAUGGCUUCUCUGAGUUUUUCUACUGCACGGAGGAUGUGCUGCGCCUCGGGGGCCGCUACAGUGCCCCCACCUUCACCUCUGCUGCCCAGGAAUACUGCAGCCAGCGAUGGGAGGUGCUGACCCAGCGCUUCCGUGGCGGCCUCUACUCUGCGCACGCCGACCAGCACCGGCUGAAGUAUCAGUGCUUCAAAUCAGCCUGGAUGUAUCAAGUCCUUCACCAGGGCUUCCACUUCCCCCUGGACUACCCCAGCCUGCGCACAGCCCAGCUGGUGUACGACCGGGAGGUGCAGUGGACGCUGGGAGCCAUCCUCUACAAGACACGGUUUCUGCCACUCAGGGAUCUCCGGCAGGAGAGCAUCCGGCAAGCACACACCUCCUGGCUGCGUCUCUCUUUUGUCUACAACCACUAUCUCUUCUUUGCCUGCAUCCUGGUCGUAGUGCUGGCCAUAGUCCUCUACCUCCUGCGGCUGCGCCGCAUCCACCGCCGACAGCUACGCUCGGCCCAGCUCACCCUGCUCUGGCUGGACAAGGUGGUAGUGCCGCCGGGCCAGGGAAACGGGCCAUGACAGUGGUGGUACCCACUGUCCAGCUGCACCAGUAGAACCAGGACUGGCUGACAGCCUGAGCUCCGAGGGCUUGGACUCCUUUGUAAAGACCAUCUCAACUCUGCACUCCGUCAUCUCCACAUCAGAACUAGAGCCUGUGGGCUGAGGCAGUUACGGACACUGGAGCUUUUAUCUCCAUCUCUGCCUCACCCCAGUCUUAAUCGUUGGAUUCCUUGGCCUCCAGCCUUUGCCUUGCUAUGCAGCGUAGAGCAAAGUCCUCUGCUGCCAGCGGGCUCAAGGCUGCAGCCCUGGCAGGUCCCUCAGAUAAGCAGGACACUAUCAUCAAGGUGGCCAAUCCAGGGCUGUGGCCUGAAGCACUGGGCCACCUCAUGACUCAGCCACCGGUUUGCAGAGCAGGCUGGUGAGGUGCUGUAGCUCAUCACCUGGGGUGCCCUUUCUGCUGUCCCUUACAAGCCCAUGGGCUGCAGAACAGCAGUUGCCAGUGAAGUUACUGCAGGAACCAGGUGAGCCACGAGUUCCACCAAGCUGCUCUGCCCAGGCCGGCCCCUCUCGGAGCAUUCCUGAAGAGGUGUCCUGCUCUUUGCCACGUCUUCCCCUCCUAGGACAAUCCUCCCACAGUCCUAGCCACCAUCCCAGGCUCAGCACUGAGGGCUCAGGGAUUGGUUCCUAAGGUACCACCAAAGUGGGCUGCAUUUCAUUUCAUACAUUCCCUCCUGGGCACAUCUGCCCCAUGACGUCCCACACAUUAAUCAGGCAAUAGCACCAGGACCUGUGGUUCUCUCCCCUGUGAGUGCAGGCUGGGCCUGCCUAUGGGGAAACCACCUCACUCCAGCUCACUGCCCCAGGGCAGGUCUGGGCUGCAGCUGUGCACACAGGCACAAGCCUUCCUCCCCUGGGGCUGGAGCCCCCCCAGUGAAGUUCAUCACUUUUUACUUGAAUCUGCUGUUCCCAUUCCUGUAGCAAUAAACAAACCCCUUGAGCCAUCCAGCACUGGUCUUGUUUUCUAGCAAGCACCUC